AUGGAUGAUAGAAGAGUUCACACCGAAGAGUGCCACGACGACGGCCUCUCUGAAGAUGAAGAGUUUUACAAGCGACAACUCGAGUUCUACAUGGAUAGCGAUGACGAGUACGAAUAUGAAGACGAUGACCUCCACACCGGUGACAACCCAGAACACAAUAUGGAUGGAACCACCAAAGUUGUAGGAUCAGAUGAUCCACAAGCCAACCCUGACGACUACACACAGCAAGAAAUGUUGAUGAACUAUAAAGGAAUUUACAUUGAUGAUGAGCCAGGCGAGAAGUUUCAGGAUCCAGAAACAGGUGCCCAUUUUGACUACAAAGAAAUCUAUGAUCGCCUACUUGAAGUCGAGAAGGAGAUCGGAGGAUCCCAGGAGAGGGAUCAGAAGACUAUUAAAAUGAACCAAGAAUUGCUCAAAAUUGAUGAAGAGGAUGAAGAAUUCAAUCAAAAUCAGUUAUUUAGAACUGAAGAUAAUACCCUACAGAAACCAAGACUUGCUCAGACUAAGGGAAAGAAAAUGAAUGAAGUCAUGAGUAUCGGCUCUGAUAAAACAGGUCAGUCCUGUGAAUCGAAGAGAAUAAAAUCCAGCUUCGGCCACAAUGAUGAUAUUAGAGGCUUAAUCAACAUGAAGAAAUUUCAAAAGAAGAGUCAUGAUUUUGGAAAUUUGAAAUCAAAAAGUUUGAAAAAGAACUUACCUAAAUAAAUCUUCGGAAUUGAUCUUCCUUAAGAAGAAGAAUGUAUCAAAGCCUGCUAAAGUGCAUAACAUAAAUUUGUUUAUUGGAGGCAAGGAGAGAGACUCUAAAAGUAUUUAUAAGAACAAUAAGGCAAAGAGCAAGUACCAGAAGUACCUUUAUAAAAACGAGAAAACUCAGAAAUUGGCAUACCAGAGGAUGUCAGCCCACAAACCCAGCAAAGGAAGCAUAGGACAGCAGAAAACUUAUGAUAAAAGGAUAUAUGAGAUUAUUCAAACAGGUAAACUUUCUGGCUUUCACGAAACCGAAAGAACCAGAACAAGAUCGGGUAAAAGAAAAGCCAGUAAGUCAAAUACAUCCAGAAAAGGCAUGAAGGUCAUUCAGAAAUAAAUCUUUCUUCAGAUUCGAUGGACCUUCAAUUGAUGGUCCUUUUGCUACUGCAAAGCAUAAAAGACAUUUCCAAUCAUUUAACCAAGUCCCAAUAAAAUUUCCAAAGCAAACUCCAAAAUCCAAGAAAAAUGAUAAAUUGUAUUCAAUAAAGGCAUGAGAUAAAGGAUCACCAAAUCUUAUCGUCAGAGAUCCCUCUGAUAGGAGAUAUUUUGAGUCUAUCUCAAGCACUAGUAAGAAACAUGGCAUUAUAAAUCUGCAUAAGAAGGGAUUUACUAGCCAAGACACGAAACAUCAUCACAGAAUGCCAGGAUCUACGAAAUCAAUGCAAAUGAAUCUUGGAACGAAACCGAUUACAAAAGUGAAAUCCAAGCAUAAAAAGUCGUGAAAGAAAAAGAGCCAGCACUAUGUGAAGAAGACUAAUCCUGUAUAUCUCUCAACAAAUGAUAAUGACCUGGAGGAAUUUAGUAGCCCUUACAAGCUAAAGUCAAAGACAAGGGAUUUUUUGUUGAAAAAUGCAAAGAUUUCAGCCAAGGAAUACUCCAAUUACUUGAAAUCUCAGAAUGCUUUAAACUCUAUCUUUGGGAAUAGUAGUAUCGAAUCGAGCAAUAUGAAAAGGAAGCCGAAGAGUAAGAAGUUCACACAGAGCAUGGUCUCUCAGUUGCAGGCCCUCAAGCCUUCAACAUCGAGUAAAAUGGAGCUGACUACUAAAAUAUCUCAACCUGGUCGGAAGAAGAAAGCUCGGAGUAAGGCCAAGAAUGAUAAAAAUAUUGUAUUCAUGGUUCCUGGGAAGCAGAUGGGACAGUAUAUUUAGUAUUAGAAAGAAGUGCUCAAAAAUUUUGAAUUAGCGUAUUUAAAUUAUGAAAAUUAAACUGCUGAUCAACAGUA